AUGUAUGUUAAAGAUUUGUUUGGAUGGUUUCAUGACAAAAUACAUAAUUAUAAUCUAUUUAUACCUGAUGAAGAUGAAAAUGAAGAUGAAAAUAAUCUCGAAGAAAAUCAUGAUAUUAUUUUAAAAAAUCAAAUAUAUGCAACUCGAGUUUAUGUCCCACUUCUUACCAUAAUUCUUUAUAUUCUUUUCUUUAUUUCUUUAAUGAAUUCUCAAGCUCGAUUAUAUUCAAUAUCAAAUAUAACUCCUGACCUUUUUACUAAACUUCAUUAUGAAUAUGGACAAUCUCUUUCAUGCCCAUGCACAACAACAAAUAUUCCUUAUAAUAAAUUUACUUCAACAAUAAUUACAUAUAAGCCAAUAUGUUCAAGUAUCUUUGUUAGUGAACAAUGGAUUAAAGCAUUAUAUAUGCCAAAUUCAAGUACAUAUUUAGUUAUGGAUUUUCGAACAACAGCUUCAUCUCAAUUUGAAAUUCUUUCUGCUCUUUGUUCAAUUGCACAAAAUAUAGUUUAUCAAUCUCUGGUUGAUUUUAAUGAAAUUCAACUUGUUACACUUGAACUUCUGCAAGAAAAUCAAAUAGAAUCUCAAAUAGAUGACAAUAUUAAAGUCAUUAAUUCUAAAACACUUGUUCAAUUUGUUUCACCACUGAACUUCUUACAAAUAAUAACUCAAUCAAAUUCUUUUAUAUCGGCUCUUAAUACGAAUGUAGCAGUUAAAAUACAAAUUAAUAAUGGAUUACCACAAAUAAAUGUUAAUCCCUCGAUGUAUGUCGAUAAAAAUGCUUCUACACCUUGGGCUGCUGUGUGGGGUUCACCUUGUUCCUUCAAACAUGCUACAGUUCCAUCUGGUUUCUAUUCAUUAUCAGAAUAUGAAAGUGUAAUGAAUCAUCGAUAUUGGCCAUAUUAUCCACCUUAUUUUGAACCAAUAGCUUCUUCAACAGUUGAUGGAUUUUUUGGAGGAUGUACUCCCCUAGAUGCUAUUCUUUCAAGUACACUUGAUUGUCUUUACAAUAUUAGUUGUCUUGAAAUAUUUAUCAAUUAUUUUCCAGGUCUUAAUCAAACAGAUUUUAAUAUGAGUAAUAUUGUUUUAUCUUCAAAUGAAAAAAUUAUUUCUUUGAAAGAUAGUUUAAAUAAUUCAUUUAUUGAAAACUGGUCAACAAAAAUGAAUUAUUCAGAUUAUUUUUCUCAAUGUGCUCCUACAGUAUGCACAUAUACAAAAAAGGAUUAUACGAAUCUUUCUCAUAUAAUAACAUUAUUACUUAGUUUAUAUGGCGGUCUUACGAUUAUAUUACGUGUUAUGAUUGGAUUCUCAAUUAAAAUUUAUUCAAAAAUCAAACAUCGUUCAUUAAAUACAAAUAAUAAUAAUAAUAAUAAAUAUCUUUUAACAUAUAUUUGGAUAUUUAUUCGAUGGAUAAAACACUUAAAUCUUUUUAAGUCACAAAAAAAUCAAAUAAUAAACACAGCUGAACGACAACGUAUUAUUACAAGAAUAUAUUUAGUUUUUCUCACAAAUUCCAUUGUUAUUCUCAUUCUAUUCACAUGGAUGAAUAAUGAAACAGUAACAGUAAACGUACCAAAUCCAUCAUUAGCAACAUAUAAACAUUUACAAAAUUUAUAUCCAAAUGUUCUUAAAUGUCCUUGUUUAAAUGUAACAACACCUUAUAAUAAGUUUAUGUCAGUAUCACCAACUUUUCAUCAAAUAUGUUCAAGUGAAUUUGUUAGUGAAACAUGGAUAACAGCUUUAUUUUCUCUGGACAGUAUUGAGUCAUUUGCAUUACAAUAUGGAGAAAUUUCAACAUUUCCUUUAUGGUAUGGUUUAGAUGGUAGACAUUUUCGUUUAUUAUCAACUCUUUGCCAAUUGGCUAAUGAAACGAUUAUUGAUGCUAUUCAUAGUUUUGAUAUACAAUUUCUCAUUGGUUUAAAUGUUCUUACUGAACUUGAUUUUAAUGCUCAAACGGAAACAACAUUUAAUCAAUUUAUUCAAUCAUUAAUUUCGAAUUUUGAUCUUCUUGUUAAUAUGACACAUCUUUUUACUCAAGUAGAUCAACCUUAUACAACAUUUGACAAUUCAAAUUUAACAGUUAGUUCAACAAUAGAUAAUAUAACUAAUCAACAAUCUUUACGGGUGACAUUUAAUUUAACUGGCAUUCAAGAUACGAAUUCGACAAGUGGUAACUGUAUAUGUGCUAGUAAUCCUAAUUGUCAAAGUUCCGUAAUUCCGCCCGAUUGGAUUCAAAGUAACUAUGAAUAUUCUGAACAUUACCCUUCAAAUCAUAUAAUACCAGGAAUGAUUCAGGGAUGUUUUACAAUUGAUACUCUUCUUCUUUCAUCACUCGAAUGUUAUUAUUUACACUCUUGUUUAUCAAUCUUAUAUAAUUUAUUAAGUGGAUUAUUUCACGAUUAUGAAUAUGACUUAGAAUGGUCUCCAAUAAAUCCUCUCAUAUACAAUUCAUCGUCUAGUCAUUUUUUUCCAAAUACAUCACUUUCAUUAAUAAUAAAUGAAAUGCUGAUUGAACAAUGGAAUCCUUUAUCUUCAUUUGAACAUUACUAUGAAUCGUGUGCACCUAUUUAUUGUAGUUAUACUUAUACAACACAUACCAUUACUUUUAUUGCAAUGAUUAUUAAAUUGGUUUCAACUAUUGGUGGUCUCAUUCUUAUAUUACGACUAAUCACACCUCAACUUGUCAAAUUCGUUUAUAAAAUCUUAACACGACAUACCAGAAGACAAGAUCAAGAAAUUAAUUCUAAUUUAUUCAAUCGAAUUAAAAUAUUCUUAUGCAAUACGAUGAGAUUUUUAUCGGUAACAUUAAUUAAUUUGAAUAUAUUUCCAAAACGAUCUUUUGCAAAUAAUAUCAAUCAUAUGAAAGCUCAACAUCUUGGCCGAUUAUCUACUCGUCUUUAUAUUGUCCUUCUUAUUAUUGUUAUAGCUAUUCUUAGUUUAUAUACAAUAAUUCAACCACAAAUUUUAACAAAAAGUUUUUCUCAACCAUCUUUUAAAACUUACAAUGAUCUUUUAACUCAUCAUAGUUCAACCAUUCAGUGUCCGUGUUCAUCUAUUUCAUCAACUUAUAAUCAAUUUAUUAAUAUUGAACCUAUAUUUCAUCAGAUUUGUUCAAGUUCAUUUAUCUCUGAUGAAUGGCGUACAUAUAUUACAAAAGAUCUUGUUUCUGAUCUUUCUAUCUAUAAUAUUCAAGAUUAUCGUCGUUUUAUCACACCCCAUUUACAAUUUCUUUCUGGUUUAUGUGGUCUCUCAAUUCAAUCAGUAAAUGAUUCAAUUAAUCAAUUUCUUUCUUCAACAUUAGUUACUGUCGAACUUCUUUCUGAAACAAGCUUUCGUACACAAAUUGAUCUACUUAUUAAACAAAGUAAGUCUAAUGCUCCUAUAACAUUUACUCGUCUUCUUUCUUUAAUUCGAACAAUAAAUCAUGGCAAUGCUAUAAUAUCCUCUUACGGAACUAAUUUUGAAUUUAUUGAUCCUUGGAAAGAUUUAAAUCUUUCAAUGGCAAUUACUCAUGCAAUUACUUAUGAUAAUGAAUGUUCUUGUGCAUUAAUUUCAAAUUGUACAACUCAAGCUAAUUUUAUUAAUGAAAAUUCAUUGGAAAUGCUGCCAAUAAAAGGUUUAAAAAUCGGUUGUACACCAAGUGAAUCAUUUUUAUCGUCAACAUUGGAAUGUUUUUAUGAUUUAUCAUGUAUUCAUUUUCUCGAAGAACAAAUGAAUACUACUCAUACAAAUAAUUCUAUGAUAAAUCUUUCUUCACCACUUUCAUUAAAUUUAAGUCAAUAUCCAAUGAAUAUUUCAAUAUUAAAUCUUGUUCAAGAUCUUUUUAUUGAGAAUUGGUUAACAAAUAUUAGUUAUUCAUUAUAUUAUAAUCAAUGUUCUCCAGCAUCAUGUUUAUACACAUAUAUUCAACAGCUUAAUUCACUUUAUACAAUGUCAAUUUUACUUGGUUUAUAUGCUGGACUUUCAUUUAUUUUAAAAAUGAUUUGUCCAAAUAUAAUUUCUAUUAUAGAUAAAAUUUAUUGGUAUAAAAAGAAGAAGAAAAAUAUUAUUGAACCUGCAUGCACUGUUGAAAUGACAAAUAUUAAACCAAUUACUACAAGAUUGACAAAUAUUGAACCAAUUACUACAGGGUUGACUAAUAUAGAUAUUUACAAUACAAUUGAUAAUCCAAAAUCUUUAUCAGCAACUACCACGACAAAAAUACUCUCAAAACUAAUGUUAUGUUUUAUAUUUGGUAUUAUUUUAUUAGUAUUUAUGAUUAUAUCUAUUAUUAUCACAUUUAUUUUUCUUAAUCGACAACAAGAGACUUACAAUAUACCAACAAUAUCUUCAAUAAACACAGCAAUCAUUCCAACAACGGACAUUAAUAUUUUAACAACAACAGUUUCACCUCCUACAGAAUCAAUUUGUCAAUUAACGUUUCAACAUAUAAUUUUAUAUAACAAUAGUGAUGGUUUUGAACCUCCCUCAUUUAUUAUUAACGAUUUUAAUGGUGAUAAUCAUUCAGAUAUUGCUGUUACUAAUUGUGUUUAUAAUAUUGUGAAUAUAUGGUCUGGAAAUGGUAAUGGAUCAUUUGAUUUUAAAACGACCUUUUCUACUGGCGGAUUAUGCCCAUUUGCAAUCGAUGUUGGUGAUUUUAAUAGGGAUGGACUUUUAGAUUUUGUUGUCAUCAAUGCACAUUCUAAUAACAUAGUUAUAUUAUUUGCAAAUACGAAUGGAACUUAUCAAGUGAGACAAACACUUACUAGACGUCGACUUAUACCGCUUUCAGUUGUUAUUGGUGAUUAUGAUAAUGAUGGUUAUCUAGAUCUUGCUGCUACCAAUUUUGAUAAUAUAUUAAUAUUUUUUAGUGAUAAUAAUGGAACAUUCGGAACACCAUUAACAUUUUGUGCGGAUAUUUGCCAGCAGUUGUUAUCAAUAGCUGUCGGUGAUUUUAAUAACGAUGGUCGAUUAGAUCUUGCUGUCACCGAUCAUUCUGGUCCUUACGGUAACAAUACACUCAUUGAGUACGCAUAUAUAUUACUCAAUAAUGGCAGUGGAUAUUUUAACACAUUAAUGAGCUAUGCUGUCGGAAAACUUAGUCUACCGAACUCAAUUGCUGUCCAUGAUUUUAAUAAUGACAACCAAAUGGAUCUAGUUAUUGCUAAUACUUGGGCAAGUAAUGUAGUUAUAUUAUUAGGAAGUACUAAUGGUACUUUUUUUACACAAAUGCCACACUCAACUGGAAGUGUAAGUGAACCGGAUUCCGUUAUUGCUGGUGAUUUGAAUAAUGAUGGUCUACAAGAUUUUGCUGUUACUAAUACUUACACGAACAAUAUAGGUAUAUUUUUUGGUAUUGGUAAUGGGAGUUUUCGCACACAAACUAGUGUAUUUACUGGAGCAAGUAGUGCUCCUUAUGCAUUGGCUUCAGGUGAUUUCAAUGGCGAUGGUAAAUUAGAUCUUGUUAUAAGUGAUAUUGCACUGAAUACUAUUAGUAUCUUAUUGAAUACAUGCCAUUGUUGUUCACCUUAA